UCUCCUUCGCCAGUAGUGAAUGCAGUGACAUUCCUGAGGAACCCACCUACUAAGUUUGGAUAAAGUGAUCUCUCUCAGUUUACAAGGCUUGUUCUGCAAUCCGUUUGAGGUUUUUCUACGAUGGAGCUUGCUAAGAAGUGUCCAUUUUUGGCUCGUGUUCCCUCGUCUUUCGUUCGCAAGGCGAGAGGCCCAGUGCUCGUUUCUUACGCCGAACGUUGCCCCGUGAUGUCGGAGGUUUUGAACAAAACCGACGAAAUUCCCGAUAAGAACGAAGGAGCUAAGACCCACGGAGCCGCAACAUCAGCCAAAGCUGGUAAAUGUCCAGUAAUGCACAAUGCCACUGAGGUAAACAAUAAUGAACUUGUUACCUGUGCCUGUGAUUAUCAAGAAGGAACUGGGAAGAAGGAUACAACCUUGGAGUCAGCUGGAAAGUGUCCUUUCUCAAGUGGCAAGUUAGUUGUGGAUGCUGUGCAAAAAAUUCACCCUACCCCUGCAAUGAAGGUGGGAAAUGUUUUUGCCCAGGCCACUGGAGUGCGUCAACUGGUCACCAUGCCCCUUGCUGUUCAAGGUCCUGCACCCAGCAUUGAGGCCUUUCAGUCUCACUUUGAUUAUGACCGAUUCUUUUUGAAUGAGAUUGAGAAGAAAAGGAUGGACAACACCUACCGUAUUUUCAAGAGGGUGAACCGCCUGGCUGAGACUUUUCCACAUGCCAAGGAUUACAGUGAUUCUUUGGCUGGAAAAGAUGUGUCAGUUUGGUGCAGUAAUGAUUAUCUGGGGAUGAGCCGACACCCAGAAGUGCUGAAGACUGCAAGGGAGACUAUUGACAAGCAUGGAGUUGGUGCUGGAGGUACUAGAAACAUAUCUGGCACAAGCAGUUAUCAUGAAACCUUGGAGAAGAAACUGGCAGAAAUACACAAGAAGGAGGCAGCACUGCUCUUUACUUCUUGUUAUGUAGCCAAUGACACUACUCUGUUCACUCUGGCUCGUCAAUUACCAGGCUGCCUGAUUUUUUCUGAUUCUGGUAACCAUGCCUCCAUGAUCCAAGGUAUUCGCAACAGUGGAGCAAAGAAGUUUAUUUUCCGUCAUAACGAUGUAGAGCAUCUAGAGCAGCUUCUGGAGCAAGCAGACCCUGAGGUGCCAAAGAUUGUGGCAUUUGAGACUGUGCAUUCCAUGACGGGAGACGUCUGUCCAUUGGAAGAACUGUGUGAUGUAGCACACAAGUAUGGGGCUCUGACCUUUGUGGAUGAGGUUCAUGCAGUGGGUAUGUACGGUGACAACGGUGCAGGCAUUGGCGAUCGAGACAACAUCAUGCACAAGAUGGACAUUAUCACUGGUACCCUUGGCAAGGCCUUUGGAUCCAUUGGAGGGUACAUUGCUGCAUCAGCUGCCCUUGUUGACAACGUGCGCAGCUAUGGCUCCGGUUUUAUCUUCACCACCUCCCUUCCUCCUGUCACUGUGAACGCUGCUAUUACAUCUGUCAGUAUUCUGGCCAGUGAUGAAGGACGCAGUUUGCGUGAAAAGCAUCAGAAUUCUGUGCGCACCUUGCGAAACAAGUUGGUGAAAGCUGGUCUUCCUGUGGUGUAUGCUCCGAGUCAGAUUAUACCGGUGCAUGUUGGUGAUGCAGCCAAGUGCACAGCCAUCUCCAACGAAAUGCUGACCAAAUAUGGCAUGUAUGUCCAGUCUAUCAACUACCCAACAGUUGAACGCGGCAAGGAGAGGUUGCGUAUCGCUCCCACUCCUGAACACAACGAAGCCAUGAUGGACAAGUUCACCGAAGCUCUGGUCAAGGCCUGGAAGGACAACGGAAUGCGUUUUCUGACCCCCCAUUGCACUACUGCAUGCGACUGUCAGGAGCGCUGCAUCACCUACAAAGAGCUGGAUUGCAACAAGUAUGCUUCCCAGGUUGGAGCCUAGAAAGCCGGCCAAUAUUGCUCUCCGAAUCGACUUUUCCAGUGGGCGUGUAAAGCUCUCAAAAUGGAACUCUAUUUAAGAAUUGUUAAAUGUAAUUUUCUGGAGAAAUCUGAAAUAAUCAUACAGUGAAAUCAUCACGUUCUUGUGUCUGUGUGUUGGUUGUUUACUUUGUUCCAUCUUGGUUGAGUUUCCUUUUUGUUUAUGUCCCCGUGUUUUUACUGAUUUUCUGGUAAGACUUAAAACUUGUGUUUCUUUGUGCUCAGUAUUUUCAUUUCUGAACCAAAUCUUUGGAGUUCUAUUGGUUUCGAGUCAUGACACCUUUAUCUACUCAGAGAUGCUGCCCUUAUGCCUUUUGAAACCAAUGGUGUCUGUAGUGUCUUAUGUGAGCCUUUUUUGUUGGUGACUGCCUUUAUGCCGGUACAGAGAGUGCCACUGUCUUGCUUUGACGCAAGGUAUCCCGAGAUACUACCAGUUGUCGCCUUUGAAACCAAUACUGACCAAUGUAGGAUCUACUUGACUUGUUAUUUUCAAGGAACUGUGACUGCCCUUAUGCCAAGACUGUGUUAAAACAGUGAGUUUUCUUGCUGUUAUGGACUGCAAUGCUGGUUGCUGAAAACAUCCUGUUCGGAGGCCGUCAGUGCAUCUUGCGCUCUGAAGAGAUGAUUGCGCUUAUGCCAAAGCACUUGACAAUGAACCACAAAGCUGGUUCUACGUAUGAAGAAACAGCCCUUAUGCCAAUUGGUCAACGACGCUCAAGAACUUUAGACUGUGGCCAACUUGUGCGAAACGUGGUCCUUAACUUGCCAACUAAAGGGAAUUGAAAAGUUCAGUUUAGUAACGCUGUUAUUAGAUUAGAUAAUGGGGUGACUGCCUUUUAUGCCAAAGCCGUUUCGGCUACGUAGAGAGUGGACAAUUAAUUUAAUGACACUGCUGUGACCCUACAGCUACGAAAUGGAACUCUUUAAGUAUAGAUAAAUCGAUUCGCGGGGAGUAAGUUAUGUAAAAUUGGAAGAGUUUUUCAGGACAACGAGCGAACGAUGUUGGUUUUCGGAUUUCCAUUUAGUAUCUGUAAUGACCCUUUUCAUUCUUGAAGCGGUUCAUAGAGCGCAGAAGUCGAAGGAGGUAAAUCUGAAAAGACAAUUCUAGCGGACUGGCGAUUUCAAAAGAAAGAUAUCGGGACAUGACAGUGGGACGCCUUGCCUGUGUUCCCUGAUUCCUUUCUUUACGUAUUUUUUACUUUGUAAACUUUAUUAAUAGCACAGCUACGAAAUGGAACCUCCGGGUGUAGUUAAAUCGAUUCGCAGGGAGAAAGUAGAGUAAAAAAGGGGGAAGUUUUUCAGGAAUAACGUGCGAACGAUGAAGGUUUACGGUUUCCACUUAGUACCUGUGUUGCCUCUUGCCAAUUUACAAUUAGCUUAAGAAGAUUUACACGUCUAGGGAGCUACAUUCGGAGUAGCAAUUUAGCGGAUUUGUCGUUAGUGAGAAAAAAGAAACCGGAUAUGUCCUUGGUUAAAAAUCGGUGUUGGGUUUUUGUAGAUAGUGGUAAGUUUUAGUCUUCUUUUGAGUGAAACUCGAGAUUCAAACUUACCAAUUAAAAUGUAUUACUUUCAUAA